AUGCGGCGCCAUCGAUCAUACAAGGCAUGGUGCCUGUGUAGCAUCGUAAGCACGGCAGCGAAGCCCUGCCCCGCCGUCCGGCGGAAGCGCUACCUCGCCUUCGCCGCGACGGGCGGCCUCGGCAACCAGUACUACAACCUCAAGACGGCGGUCUGGGUCAGCCGCGCGGCGGACCGGGCGCUGAUCCUCCCGCCCAUCCUCCCGCACGGGCGCCUGUCGGCCUCGUACGCCGACCAGAAGUGCACUCGUUUGAGUGCUAGUAAGCUCGUUAACGACGUGCAGGCCAAGGCCGACCGGGCCUACGCGCAGUUCCGGCGGAGCGGCCACGCGUCGUGGCGCCGCGUCCUCGACCUCGCCAGGUUCGAGGCGACCGGUUUAAAAUUUGUGGACGAGGCGGCGUCGCUGAGCGUGGCCCCGGUCCCCUUCUGCGGGAGCAUGACGCGGGGCUGGACCGCGGCGAACAUCACCGCUAAACUCCCCUCGAAUCCAAUCAUCCUGAAUUUAGGGCGGGCCCUGGGCGGGAGCCGCGGCUUGGAUCUCGAGGCCGUGCGGCCGGCUUGUGAUUUGAGGGGCUGCGGCCGCGAGGCGGCGCGCGCCGCGUGGGCGCUGCACCCCGCGCUGCGCGACGCGACGGUUCAUAUGAGACGGCACGUGAAGCGGCCCAUUGUGUGUGCUCAUGUGAGGACUGGAAAAGGAGAGACGGCGACCUACGUCCUGUUCCUGGACCACGCCGUCGCUGCAUUGGUACGGCACCUGCGGACGCGUCGCGACGCGCCGGCGGUCUACCUGGCCUCGGACAUGCCUCUCGGAGACAUCCGGAAGCUGCGGUCCCGAUCCAAAGCCGUCGACGAACUUUUCGAACUGUGCGACGGCGGCGGCGAGCGCUGCGCCUUCGUCGGGGGUCACGACGACGCCCGCUUCGGCGUGAAUAUAGAAGAGUGGCGCCGCCGGGCGCGGUUCGCGCGGCAACCAGGCAAGCAAAGGGACGAGGCGUCGGAGCGCGUCGUCUUGGACGUCGCGACGUGCGUCCUGGCCGACGCGUUCGUCCAGUCGCCCGCGCGGACGUCGAGCCUCGCGGUCAUGGUGAACGACCUGCGGCGGAACGCGUCGACGCGACCGUGCGGCGUGCACGACUACGCGCCGGGCCCGCGGCGGGGCGUCGUCGGCUUCGGCGAGACGCGGCUCGCGGCGGCGCAGGUGCGGGCGUCGCGUCGCCGCCACCGUGUACCAAGCGUCGGCUCGGACGCGUAUGCCGUCGUAACGUGA